GGGGGCGGGGGGGGGGGGUGUCUGCGUGGGGGCGCUUCUCCAAUGCAAAGAUCGGACACAGAAUCAGAGCCCUUUACAGCAGUACAACCCUAUAAAAACAUUUAUAAUAAACAUAGUAUUUGCAAAUACACGGUACUUGUAAAUCAAUAGAUUUAUAAACCUGGAAUAUAUCGGAGGCGUCCAAUGGAAGUAAUGCACUUGGAAAUAACAGAGGAUUUAACUUUCCCUUUUUUUGUGGCAGCCGCGGAGAAGUUUGUUUCCUACCGUAGGAGAACGAGCUACUUUUAAAGGCAAAGGAUACAGCAGACACCGCGGCCGACUGACGGGCCUACUGGUUUGAUUGGAAUUCAUGUUAGGGUUACUCCUAAGGAAUUCUAUGAAUUUUCCUCGUUUGUGCACCACUAUGAUGCAUCUUUAGAUAAAUUUUUCUUGAAAUGGGCAACUUGCAGACAAGCAGUACUAGACGGGCCCAGGUCCCCAAUGAACACAAGGCGAGGGCUACAGCUCAGCGGCUCCCCACCAUUGGAGUGGUUUGUCACUGUAGUUGAAGCCCUGUGACCCCCGCGCCCCCCAGACGAUUUUCCCCUACGUCCCCGCACAUUUCCAUCCUGUCCCUCCCCUACCCCACUCCCCUUUCCCUUACCCCCUCUUGCCCUUCCUCCCAAGAGUAGCUGUGCUGGACGUCAUGAGCAUAGUAAUCACUCUGGGAGUCACCACACCUGAAACGUCUUACACAGAAAUGGCUGCUGGAUCAGACCCUGAGUCCGUUGAAGCAAGCCCCGCCGUAAAUACGAAAAACUUUAACAGCCACAGUUGUGGAAGUGCACAAAGUCAUGGGUAUCGGGGCCUACCAUAUGCUAAGCAACAGUCUUCCGUUGUAUGUUGUCAGGAUCACAACUAUGGUGCACCCCCUCCUCCCACUCCUCCCACAUCCCCGCUCUCUCAAAUCAUCAUUCCUCGAAUGGAUCGCAAUGGUGUGGUACGCAGUUCCCGCUACAUCCAAACUACAGAGGACAACUCACCAGACAGCGAUAGCUCCUCAGAAGAAGAUGGGGCUAUUGUCAGCUGGUGUCACUGCACUCUGAUGGCAGAUGGCUCAUUACUCAUUAAAUGUGACAACUGCAGAGGACUUGAUGGGAGGAAAGGAACAGAUGGCCAGCACAGGAGAAAUGAAAAUGUCUCAGCUGGAGAGAGCAGUGCCACAGAGAGUGGUGAUGAGGAAGUGUCACCUUCCACUAUCUCUUACACUGCCACCCAGCAUACACCCACCAGUAUCAAACUCACUGUCAACAGAGUCAAAAGAAGUAAAUCUAAAAAGAGGAAAAAGAACACGGAAAAAGCCAGUGGAACACCAAAGGGCAAGAAAGUCAAAGCUUUUAGAGAGGGUUCUCGAAAGUCAAUGAGGAUGAAGAACUCGACAACAGAUUCCAGAGUGCUGGAUGAGAACACAACAGAGGGAUGGGAGAAUAGAAUCCGCCAGUGGACCGACCAGUAUGAGGAGGCUUUAGCCAAUCAGUAUAGUGCUGACGUACAAACACUGCUCCAGCUUCACCGCACUGCAAGCACCACUGUUGGGAACACAGAAAGAGGACCAAUGAGGCUUUCAUCUACUGCUCAGACCACUGUCGACACCAUGGACACUAUCAACCGCACCGAACUGGCCUGUAACAACACUGUACUCAGCUCACAGAUGCAGUUACAGUUAGGGCGCGUAACACGUGUUCAGAAACACAGGAAGAUCCUUCGUGCCGCCAAGAACCUUGAUCCUGACAUUCUUAUUAUUGAAUAUCGUGGGAAGGUCAUGCUCAAGCAACAGUUUGAAGUGAAUGGGCACUUCUUUAAAAAGCCUUACCCUUUUGUGCUAUUUUACUCCAAGUUUCAUGAUGUUGAGAUGUGUGUGGAUGCAAGGACCUUUGGAAAUGAUGCACGCUUCAUUCGAAGGUCCUGCACACCCAAUGCUGAGGUUCGACACAUGAUUGCUGAGGGUAUGGUACAUCUGUGCAUCUAUGCCAUCAGUCAAAUCCCAAAAGAUACUGAGGUCACUAUUGGAUUUGAUUAUGAGUUUAACAGCUGUAAUUACAAAGUGGACUGCGCUUGCCAUAAGGAAAACCAGAAUUGCCCUGUGCAGAAACACAUGAGUCCCAAGGAGAGCUUGCCGAGUUCCCCCUCCUUACCAUCUCCCUCUCCUUUGGUUGGUGCUGAGACACGGCAGAGAAAGGCCCGGAGAAGAGAGCUAGAAGUUGGUCCAGAUAGCAACCAGACUAUUCAGCACCAAGAGUCGAAAGAGCUGCAGAGAAGCAGUCAUGUGGAGGGACCGCUGGAUGAGAUAACCCUCGAAGAGGCCGAGGAAGGAGAGGUGGAUGAAAAUGGAAUUCUUAUCUCCAAUAAAAUAUUAAACAGUAUAGAAAAGAGACAGAUAAACACAGGAGGUGAUAUAAAAGAGGAUACUGUAGAAACAGAAGAGGGUACAAGAACCACCCCCAUAUUCCAUAACAUAGGGGUAGGGGUUAGCACACGACGUACUGUCUAUGUUACGGAAGCACCAUCUAUCGAAGAAAAGGCCUCAUUACCACAUCUGCCUGUCCCAUUUGGCCCUCCUAAACCUAUACGAUCUUCUAAACCUCGUCCCAAGAGCCGAAUGUCUCGGUACCGCUCCAGCUCAUCUCAGCGUGCCAGGCGGCAGCGUCAAGCACUUGCCCAGCAGGCUGCUGCAGCUGCUCCAUCAUCUGAACAAAUUGGUGUUCUUAUCGAGGAGGGUUCUCAUGACCCGUAUGGUUCUGAGCUGUGCCAUGGGGAGAGUGGGCUGGCCACUGGUCAUCUCUUAGAUGGCAAUGCUCAGAGUCUUAGCUGCAUAAACAGAGGCAAUCUGCGUUUCCCCAAGACCAAGAAGUACUUGGUGACCGAGUGGUUGAAUGAAAAGAUUCCUGGAGCGGAGAAGCUCCAACAAGAGCUGCCUAUUGAGCGGCCAUUGCGGAUAACCACUGAUCCAACAGUGCUGGCCACCACCCUCAACAUGUUGCCAGGCAUCUCACACUCAUCUGUUAUCUGCACCACACCCAGACACUAUGUUCGCUUCGGAUCACCUUUUAAUCCAGAGAGACGCCGGCCCCGUCCACUCCAGAUGGAUGGGAGUUAUGGCUGCUUUAAAAAGAGAUGGAUAAAGCAGAUGGAGGUUGAGAGCUGUUCAAAUAUUGUGACGGAUGGCACAGAAUCCACCUCCUCCCAGCAAAGCACCAGCAACAGAUCUACUCCCAAUCCCUUGUCCAAUGAAUUGAAUACACCUUUCAAGAAGCGCCAUGCCAAGUAUAUGACAGAGACCAUGCCAACAUCCUCUGACGAUCUGCUUCGCCCACUGUCACCCAUCACGCCACCCAUUCCUGGGAACCCUGUACUUCCAGUGCUUCACAAUCCCCGUAACUCCUUGUUAUCAAAUGGCCUUGCAUACUCACCAAUGCCCACACGGCCGGUCAGCCGCUGCAACACACCACUGCAAUUUGAAAAUAUAUCCUCCCCUGAGGCAUCACCUGCUCGCCAGCCAGAGUCCAUCUCUCCUGAGACAGACUUCGACAUCCCUCGUGCCCAGUUCCCGGAUCUUUCACUGUCCUCUAUUUUAGAGAGCCCUAUGGCUGUGGCCUCUGAUGACUUUUGUAUUCCUGGGUCCUCUUUAACCAAUGAUUGCCAAGACACAUCUGUUGGAAUCAAAUCCUUUAAGCAAGUGUCAAGUUCAACUUCAGACCAAACCCUCGCAACUAGGGAACAGGCCUUCAGGACAGAGUUCAACCUCAUAUACACCUGCUCACCCCUCAAUGCAAACUUGGGAAACACUGUGGCCACUGAACGACGCUUCUCACAAUCAGAUGGGGGGUUCUCUCCUGGAGAGUCUUUAUAUAAUUCUUUGACUGGCCAAGGGCUAUUUGCAGAUGUAGGGCCUGGGUGUAUGUCACCAUACAGUGAUCUUCAUUAUGGUGGUGGCUACCCAGAGAGUAGCAAAUCUCCUCACACCAACAACCCACCACAAAAAAAGAAGAGGGCCAACCAGCAUACCAUUAGUCUGCUGACAGGGAAGCCAGUUUACCAGGCUAUAGCUGUAAGAAGUGAAUACAAGCCAGUAAGAAAUAUGGUGUCCUUGUUUGAGUACCGUAAGCGGAAGCAAGUUACCAACCGUGAACCUGAGUCAUCCAGCUGCAAUUUAUCCCUGAAUUGCACCCCUACUCGACCUGGCUCACACCACAAUCAGGAGACCCAUCCUUCCCUUUACUUGAUGCAUCCCCUCGCAUCAACACACAACUGCAUGCCUUCAUCAGGACACACUGGUUCCAAUCUUCAGAAAGAGGAGGUCAGUCUUCCAGACCACCACGGCUCAUCUGUGCAGGCGAGCCAUCUGGAUAGGAACACCCAAUGGAUGGUUCCCACCAGUGUUGAACGUCUACGGGAAGGUCAAGGGGCACUGGAGCAAGUGCUAAAAAUCAUGAAGAUGGAGCGAAUGCUCAAGAGGAGCAACAGUUCUACAGAGAAAGAAUCUGAUGCAGAUCAGUUCGACGAGCCACCAGUGACGAUUCCUUCACCAAUGAAGAGUCCACCACACAGAUACAGCCCAUCUGUGCAUUCAUAUCAGUCAUCAGACAGACACCAGACUGACAGUCCAUCAUUGCUUCAGAAAACUCCCACCUCUCCGUUUGGAAGUUGCUACAGCCCCACAUCAGGCAACAACUACUACCACCCCUCCUCUCACACAGCCCCAUGUCAGGACCACCUGUCAUCCUCCUAUCCUGCUCAUACCCCCUCAACGUCAUCAGACUCCAAGCUGUCAGGAGAGUUACUACAUCUGAAGAGGGUCAACAGUGAUGCAGAUGGACCCCUCAGCUGCAGCAGACACCUAAAAGUGGGCCAUCUGAACGAGAGUAGCCAAGUGGAGUCUUCUAUCCCAGCACCCUGGGCUCAUGAGUUGACUAAAACAGACCUGAGCUCCACAACAACCAGGGGGAAUCAACAGCAGGAUUCUCAAAACCUCAAAUCGGGCACCCCUAGCUCAAGGCUGCUGUCAUCCUCUGGACCGACAAACUACUCACAGCGAGGGAUAAGCCUUAGUCAGUUCCAGCGCUCUCCACGACAGGGCCCUGGUGUGCAGACACAGUCGGGAAGCUUUUAGGACCUUGUCUGUACCAGCCGGUGCAACUCUUUAAGGCCCAAAUAUAGUGAUAUGGAGCACAGGUAUUUUGGCUCGACCUUAGAGGAGCAACUUCAUAUAAAUUUACAAAAUGUUAGUUUUUCUUUUGUUUUGUAACAACAAAGAUAUUCUGCACGAAACCAGUGGGUUUUUGACAUAAUCUUUGAAUCUGUGAACAAUUUGAGUGACACCUUGAAAUUACUAAAUCACAUCUAAUUUGAAAUUGUCCCCAUGGUUUCCUCAUGCUGGAUUUUGCAAAUGAAUUUCACUAACUUCCACACAAAUGUCUGUACAAAAUAAUUAAAACACACUGGUCAUUGUGAAAAUUAUUAAAACACACUGGUCAUUGUGCCCAGGUCAGUUAUUUACUUGAGAUGCUAGCGUUUCAGAAAGAAUAGUUUUGCUUCAUUUUCUUUUUUAUUACCAUAAAUUUUAUUUGGCAAAAAGAAGAAUCUCCGCUGCAGUACUUAAGCAUUGGAAUAGGAAAAGGAGUGUAAUGCAUUAACCCCGACGGGAGUAAGAUCCCUGGAUAGGAUCAUUCCCUAUUAUUACUAGCUCCAGUUUUGAUGCCCUAGCAACACAUAUAAAAUGUUUUUUUUUCCUUCCAUGGGUUUUCACCUUUAAUUUGAUUUUGUCACACCUACCUGUUAACUGUGAGAUGACUUGGGACUUCAUUUUAGACAUGCAGUGUUGUACUUGAGACAUGAUUUAUGGUGCUGCAAUCUUGUCCCCCACCCCAAUAAAUUUGCAAUUGAGCUAUGAUCUUUA